AUGCUGGUGGCUGGCUUGGUGCUCCUCUCGGCUGCCCAGCAUGGCCCCCGGGGGCUUCCCAGCACCUCCAGCCUGGCGAGUUUCUGCCAGAAGCUGAACCAGAUGAAGACACUGAAGGAGUCCACCAGGGAGACAUCACUGCUGUGCUACCUGACCAUGCUGGACCUGACCCUGCAGGGUGUGGGUGGUAUGACGGGUUUUGGCCUGUACAUGCUCACAGGCACCAUGGCCAAGGAGAUGGCCGGCCGUGUGGUGCUUGUGUCCUUCAGCGUGGCUGCUGCUGUCUCCUUGCUGGCAGAACUAUGCCAUGCAGAGUUCGGGUCACGUGUGCCCACCACGGGCUCUGCCUACCUGUUCACUUACAUGUCCAUGGGCGAGUUGUGGGCCUUCCUUGUUGGCUGGAACAUGCUCCUCUGUUGCCUCAUUGGUGGCACCGCCGUGGCUCACACCUGGUGUGGCUACCUGGACACCAUCUUCAUCUACCGUAUCUGCAGCUUCACUGUGGCCCAUGUAGGCAUCUGGCAGGUGCCCCUCCUGGCACACUACCCAGACUUCUUGGCAGCUUCCAUUCUACUUUUGACCUCUCCUCCUCUCUUUGACUUCAUCUCCUGCAGAGUCCUCAUCUCCUCCAGAGUCUGCAUCUCUUGCUGGCUCAAUCACACCUUCUCUGCCAUCAGCACGCUCAUCAUCCUCUUCAUCAUCAUCAUGGGGUUUGUCCUGGCCCGCCCACACAACUGGAGUGCUGAGGAGGGCGGCUUUGCACCCUUCGGCUUCUCUGGCAUCACGGCCAGUGCUGCCACCUGUUUCUAUGCCUUUUUGGGCUUUAGUGUUAUUACCUCUGGUGAGGCCCAGAACCCAAAGCGAGCAGUACCUAUGGCCAUCGUCAUCUCCCUUGGCCUGGUGGCUGCUGCCUAUGUCCUCGCCUCCAGUGUGUUCACCCUCAUGGUGCCCUGGCACAGCCUGGACCCUAACUGGGCAGUCGCUGAUGUCUUCUACCAGCGGGGCCAUAGCUGGGCGGGCUUCAUCGUGGUGGCUGGCUCCAUCUGUGCCACGACCACUGUCCUGAUUAGCAACCUACUUUACCUGCCACACAUCAUCUAUGGCAUGGCCACCGAUGGGCUCUUUUUCCAGGUGUUUGCCCACGUGCACCCACAGACGCAGGUGUCUGUGGUGGGCAUCCUGGUGUUCGGGGUCCUCAUGGCUUUCCUGGCUCUGCUGCUGGACUUCAGGGCACUGGUCCAGUUCCUGUCCUUUGGUGCACUGCUGGCCUACAUCUUCACAGUCACCAGUAUUAUCAUGCUACGCUUCCAAAAGGCCCCUCCAUCCAGUUCCCAGAGCCCAGUCAGCCCUGUGGGCACAGAGCUGGCCUCAGCCCCUGAACCCAGGCAGCUGCGACCAGCCCUGAGGCCCUACCUUGGCUUCCUGGGUGGGGGCAGGCCUGGAGCUGCCGUGGCUUGGGCACUUGGGUCCUCGGCCAUCACUCUGGACUGCGUGCUGGUCUUCGGGGACUCGGCCCUGCACCUCCCACUCUGGGGCUACACCCUGCUGCUGCUGCUCAGCUCCGUCAUGUUUCUGCUCAGUCUCCUCGUCCUGGGGGCCCACCAGCAACAGCGACUGCAGGACACCUUCCAGGUUCCCAUGGUGCCCCUGACUCCAGCCCUGAGCAUCCUCCUCAACAUCUUCCUCAUGCUGCAGCUGAGCCACCUGACCUGGCUGAGUUUCUCCAUCUGGCUACUGAUUGGAUUUGCAGCGUAUUUUGGCUACAGCAUCCGGCACAGCAAGGAGAACCAGUGGGAGCGGCUGGGGUUGGCUGCCCCACGUGGCAGCAGGGAGGAGACAGCACAGGCCCUGCAGACCCCCAGCCAGACACUGGCCCAGGAGCCCAGCUACAUGGAGUAGCCUACAAGUCCAUGAGGACCACUU